AGGACAAGCAGUUCCCUUUAUUACAAGACCAGCAGGUCUAGAAGUGAGCAGGUCUGCCAUCUACCACCAAUCUAAAGAUAACGAAAAGACCAACCUGAAGGAAGUGAAGACCUGAAAGAGUUUCAGUAGACAUUGUAUUUUGAAGUGUGGAAUAACUGUCGAGUUAAGUAUGGGUGAUGCAGUGAUGGCAGAAUUUGGGCCGGCAGCCCCAUUCCUUCGAAAAUCUGAUAAAGAGCGUUUGGAGGCUCAAACCCGUCCCUUUGACAUGAAGAAGGAAUGUUUUGUCCCCGACCCUGAGGUGGAAUAUGUCAAGGCUUCCGUCACCAGCCGGGAUGGUGACAAAGUCACCGCUGAGACUGAAUUUGGAAAGACUGUAACUGUGAAGGAGUGCGAUGUUCACCCUCAGAACCCGCCAAAGUUCGAUAAAAUUGAGGACAUGGCGAUGUUCACCUUCCUGCAUGAGCCUGCUGUGCUGUUUAACCUCAAAGAGCGUUAUGCAGCCUGGAUGAUCUACACCUACUCUGGGCUCUUCUGUGUGACUGUCAACCCCUACAAGUGGCUGCCAGUGUAUGAUCAGUCUGUAGUCAAGGCUUACAGAGGAAAGAAGAGGAGUGAAGCUCCUCCUCACAUCUUCUCCAUCUCUGACAAUGCCUAUCAGUACAUGCUGUCAGACAGGGAAAAUCAGUCCAUCCUGAUCACUGGAGAAUCUGGUGCUGGGAAGACUGUGAACACCAAGAGGGUCAUUCAGUACUUUGCCAGCAUAGCAGCUAUGCCGGGAAAGAAGGAUGCAGCUUCUGAGAAAAAGGGUACCCUGGAAGAUCAAAUCAUCCAGGCUAAUCCAGCCCUGGAGGCCUUUGGAAAUGCCAAGACCAUCAGAAAUGACAACUCCUCAAGAUUCGGCAAAUUCAUCCGAAUUCACUUUGGAGUGAGUGGAAAGUUGGCCUCUGCCGACAUUGAAACUUACCUUCUGGAGAAGUCUCGUGUAACCUACCAGCUGAAAGCUGAGAGAGACUACCAUAUCUUCUACCAGAUCCUAUCCCAAAAGAAACCAGAGCUACUGGAAAUGCUGCUCAUCACCAACAAUCCCUAUGACUACGCCUUCAUCUCCCAAGGAGAGACGACAGUAGCUUCUAUUGAUGAUGCUGAUGAGUUAAUGGCCACUGACAGUGCCUUUGAUGUGCUGGGGUUCACUCAGGAAGAGAAGAAUGGCAUUUACAAGCUGACUGGUGCCGUCAUGCACUAUGGCAACAUGAAGUUCAAGCAGAAGCAGAGAGAGGAGCAGGCAGAAGCUGAUGGCACUGAGGAUACAGACAAGGUUGCCUACUUAAUGGGUCUGAACUCUGCUGACCUCGUCAAGGGUCUGUGUCACCCAAGAGUCAAAGUAGGGAAUGAAUGGGUCACCAAAGGACAAAAUGUCCAGCAGGUGAACUACUCUAUUGGUGCUCUGGCCAAGUCUGUGUAUGAAAAGAUGUUCCUCUGGAUGGUGGUGAGAAUCAACCAAUCGCUGGACACAAAGCAGCCUCGCCAAUACUUUAUUGGUGUUUUGGACAUUGCAGGAUUUGAGAUCUUUGAUUACAACACCUUUGAACAGCUCUGCAUUAACUUCACCAAUGAGAAGCUGCAGCAGUUCUUCAAUCACCACAUGUUUGUGCUGGAACAAGAGGAGUAUAAGAAAGAAGGAAUUGAAUGGGAGUUUAUUGACUUUGGCAUGGACUUGCAGGCUUGCAUUGAGCUCAUUGAAAAGCCCAUGGGUAUCAUGUCCAUCCUUGAAGAGGAGUGCAUGUUCCCCAAGGCCAGUGAUGCCACCUUCAAAGCUAAGCUGUAUGACAACCAUCUGGGGAAGUCCAACAACUUCCAGAAGCCCAGGAUUGUCAAGGGGAAACCAGAGGCCCAUUUCUCCCUGGUUCACUAUGCUGGCACUGUUGACUACAAUAUUUCUAAUUGGUUGGUGAAGAACAAGGACCCACUGAAUGAAACAGUGGUUGGGCUUUUCCAGAAAUCAACUCUUAAAUUACUGUCCUUCCUCUUCGUAAACUAUGCCGGGUCGGAAGCAGAUUCAGGGAAAGGCAAGGGUGGUGCAAAGAAGAAGGGCUCUUCCUUCCAGACUGUUUCAGCUCUUCACAGGGAAAAUCUGAAUAAGCUGAUGACCAACUUAAAAUCUACUCACCCGCAUUUUGUGCGCUGCCUCAUCCCCAAUGAGACCAAGACUCCUGGGGCCAUGGAGAACCCUCUGGUCAUGCACCAGCUGCGCUGUAACGGUGUGCUGGAAGGCAUCCGGAUCUGCAGAAAGGGCUUCCCCAACAGGAUCCUGUAUGGAGACUUCAAACAGAGAUACCGUAUCCUGAACCCAUCCGCUAUACCCGAGGGACAAUUCAUUGACAAUAAGAAGGCGGCAGAGAAACUUCUGGGGUCUCUGGACAUUGACCACACCCAAUAUAGAUUAGGACAUACCAAGGUGUUCUUCAAAGCCGGUCUGCUGGGCACCCUGGAGGAGAUGAGAGAUGAACGUCUGGCUCUCAUUAUCACUGGAAUCCAAGCCAGGUCCCGUGGUAUUCUCUCAAGAAUUGAGUUCCAGAAGAUUGUGGAGCGAAGGGACUCCUUGCUUGUGAUCCAAUGGAAUGUGCGAGCAUUCAUGGGUGUGAAGAACUGGCCUUGGAUGAAACUUUAUUUCAAGAUCAAACCUCUGUUGAAGUCUGCAGAGACCGAGAAAGAAAUGGCCAACAUGAAAGAGGAGUUCCUAAAGCUCAAAGAAGCAUAUGCAAAGGCUGAAGCCCGUAAGAAGGAGCUGGAAGAAAAGAUGGUCACUCUUCUCCAAGAGAAGAAUGACCUUCAGCUGCAAGUUCAAACUGAACAAGAUAAUCUUGGUGAUGCUGAGGAGCGAUGUGAAGGGCUGAUCAAGAAUAAGAUCCAGCUUGAGGCCAAAGUCAAAGAGCUGACAGAAAGACUGGAUGAUGAGGAGGAGAUGAACUCAGAGCUGACUGCUAAGAAGAGGAAGCUGGAGGAUGAGUGUUCUGAGCUCAAGAAGGACAUUGAUGAUCUGGAGCUUACUCUGGCUAAAGUGGAGAAAGAGAAACAUGCCACUGAAAACAAGGUGAAGAACAUGACUGAGGAAAUGGCAGCUCUAGAUGAAAUCAUCGCCAAACUGACAAAGGAGAAGAAGGCUCUCCAGGAGGCUCACCAGCAAACCCUGGAUGACCUGCAGAGUGAGGAGGACAAAGUCAACACGCUGACCAAAGCUAAGGCUAAACUGGAGCAGCAGGUUGAUGAUCUUGAAGGAUCUCUUGAGCAAGAGAAAAAGAUAAGAAUGGAUCUUGAGAGGGCUAAACGUAAGCUAGAAGGAGACUUAAAGUUAACUCAGGAGAGUUUAAUGGACCUGGAGAAUGAUAAGCAGCAGAUGGAAGAAAAGUUGAAGAAGAAAGACUUUGAGAUCAACCAGCUCAACAGCAGGGUUGAGGAUGAACAGAAUUUGGGUGCUCAGCUCCAGAAGAAACUGAAGGAGCUGCAGGCCCGAAUUGAAGAGCUGGAGGAAGAGCUUGAAGCAGAGAGAGCUGCUCGUGCGAAGGUGGAGAAACAGAGGGCAGACUUGUCCAGAGAGCUGGAGGAGAUCAGCGAGAGGCUGGAGGAGGCUGGUGGGGCCACAGCUGCCCAGAUUGAGAUGAACAAGAAGAGGGAGGCAGAAUUCCAGAAGAUGCGCAGAGACCUUGAAGAGGCCACUCUGCAGCAUGAGGCCACAGCUGCCACACUGAGGAAGAAACAUGCUGACAGCGUGGCUGACCUGGGGGAGCAGAUUGACAACCUGCAGAGAGUGAAGCAGAAGCUGGAGAAGGAGAAGAGUGAGCUCAGACUGGAGCUAGAUGACGUGGUCUCCAACAUGGAGCAGAUCGUCAAGUCCAAGACAAAUUUAGAAAAGAUGUGCAGAACUCUAGAAGAUCAGGUGACUGAGUACAGAACCAAGGCUGAGGAAGGCCAACGCAGCAUCAACGACUUCACUAUGCAGAAAGCUAAGCUACAGACUGAAAAUGGGGAGCUUUCCAGGCUGCUAGAAGAGAAGGACUCAUUAGUCUCUCAACUGACGAGAGGCAAGCAGUCCUACACUCAGCAAAUUGAAGACCUCAAAAGACAGCUGGAGGAAGAAGUCAAGGCAAAGAAUGCCCUGGCCCAUGCGGUUCAGUCUUCUCGCCACGACUGUGACCUGCUGAGAGAGCAGUAUGAGGAGGAACAGGAGGCUAAGGCUGAGCUGCAGCGCAGUCUCUCCAAGGCCAACUCUGAGGUGGCUCAGUGGAGAACCAAGUAUGAAACUGAUGCUAUCCAGAGGACUGAGGAACUGGAGGAAGCAAAGAAGAAACUGGCUCAGCGGCUGCAGGAUGCAGAAGAGGCUGUGGAAGCCGUAAAUGCUAAAUGUUCCUCCCUGGAGAAGACCAAACACAGGCUGCAGAAUGAGAUCGAAGAUCUCAUGGUGGAUGUGGAGAGAUCUAAUGCAGCUGCUGCCGCUCUGGACAAGAAGCAAAGGAACUUUGACAAGGUCCUGGCUGAGUGGAAGCAGAAAUAUGAAGAGGCUCAAAGUGAGUUGGAGAGCGCCCAGAAGGAGGCCAGAUCUCUCAGUACUGAGCUCUUCAAACUGAAAAACUCCUAUGAGGAGUCACUGGAGCAUCUGGAGACGAUGAAGAGGGAGAAUAAGAACCUUCAAGAGGAAAUUUCUGACCUCACUGAGCAACUUGCUGAAGGAGGAAAAAGUAUCCAUGAGCUGGAGAAAAUAAGGAAACAACUGGAGCAGGAGAAGGCUGAAAUCCAGGCUGCCUUGGAGGAAGCAGAGGGUUCCCUGGAACAUGAGGAGAGCAAGAUUCUGAGGGCCCAGUUGGAGUUUAAUCAGGUGAAAGCUGAUAUUGAACGCAAACUGACUGAGAAGGAUGAGGAGAUGGAGCAGGCUAAGAGAAACCAGCAAAGAGUGGUGGACACCCUGCAGAGCUCCCUGGAGGCUGAGACUCGCAGCAGGAACGAGGCCCUCAGGCUGAAGAAGAAGAUGGAAGGUGACCUUAAUGAGAUGGAGAUACAGCUCAGUCAGGCCAACAGGCAGGCAGCUGAGGCCCAGAAGCAGCUCAAGGGUCUCCACUCUCACCUGAAGGAUGCUCAGCUGCAUUUGGAUGAAUCUCUUCGUGCCAAUGAUGACCUGAAGGAGAACAUUGCCAUUGUUGAGAGACGCAACAAUCUGCUACAGGCAGAGCUGGAUGAACUGAGAUCUAUGGUGGAGCAGACAGAGAGAGGCCGUAAGCUGGCUGAGCAGGAACUGCUGGAUGUCAGCGAGAGAGUACAGCUUCUGCACUCUCAGAAUACCAGCCUGCUCAACCAGAAGAAGAAGCUGGAGGGUGACACAGCACAGCUUCAGACCGAAGUGGAGGAAGCUGUGCAGGAAUGCAGGAACGCUGAGGAAAAAGCCAAAAAGGCCAUUACCGAUGCAGCCAUGAUGGCAGAGGAGCUGAAGAAAGAGCAAGACACCAGUGCUCACCUUGAGCGCAUGAAGAAGAACAUGGAGCAGACCAUCAAGGACCUGCAGCACCGUCUGGAUGAAGCUGAGCAAAUUGCCUUGAAGGGAGGCAAGAAGCAAGUUCAGAAACUGGAAGCUCGUGUGAGAGAGCUAGAAAAUGAGGUGGAAAUGGAGCAGAAGAAGAGUAGUGAUUCUCUGAAGGGAGUCCGCAAAUAUGAGAGACGCAUCAAAGAGCUCACCUACCAGACUGAAGAGGAUCGUAAGAAUUUGGCUCGUCUGCAGGACCUGGUGGACAAGCUGCAACUGAAGGUCAAGUCCUACAAGAGAACUGCAGAGGAGGCUGAGGAACAGGCUAACAGCAAUCUGACCAAGUUCCGCAAGCUGCAGCACGAGCUGGAUGAGGCAGAGGAGCGAGCCGACAUCGCAGAGUCUCAGGUCAACAAGCUGCGUGCCAAGAGCCGUGAUGCAGGUUCCAAGAAAGGGCAUGAUGAAGAGUGAAGCUCUCAGAUGGACCUUUCUGAAACCCUUUGACUUGCUGUGCUUUAGUUUCCUGUCUUCCUUUUCCUGUAAUUCAGCCAGAUAAAAAAAGUAUAAUAAAAAAAAUCUAGAAUAGAAA